AUGCCCACCACCACCACCGCCAAUCCUCCUUCUCCUCCCAACACCCACGCCCUCCCCGGUCGUUAUUAUCCCCUGUCCGUCCUCCCACGCGCAGCUUCUGCUCUUGCUCUGGGACCUCUCUGCAAGUCGCAGCAAGAAAAGCAUCGAGAAGCUCUCUCUCUCUCUCUCUCAGUCUUGCUCUCUCUUGUAUGGGACUACUACUUGCGUACGCCCAAACCGAAAAGAUUUCACUCAUUGGUGCACUUUUAUCUCUCUCUUCUUUCUCUCUGCCUACCUCUCUACCUCCCGCCGCCGACGACGCCGCCGCCGUUACUAGUAAACGACUUUGCCUCUUGUCCUUUCCUGCACAAGUUGCCGAGUAGCAAAGACCCGAAGGCGAAUUCACACGCGCGCGCACGUACGUUCAAAACCCUGACAAUCUUUUAUUGCUCUGUUUUGCAUUUGCUGUCUAUUGCUGCUGCUAUUGCCUGCUUUCUUGCUUUAUUGUAUUCUGCCUCCUGCUUCUUCACCUUACCUCUCACACACUUUCGCACGUCGUUGCUUGGGUGGCGCAUAUCAUUUGUUGAGUAUGUUCUGGCUCUGUCUUUCCUUCAACCGCAUUCCCUAUUACAUACACCUACACACAUCUCUUCUCUGACGUCGAGAUAUACACGGAUAUAUCCUCCCGACCCUGGGCCUGGCUAG